ACUGGUGAUGGUGUAAAUGAUGCCCCGGCUCUGAAGAAAGCUGAAAUUGGGAUUGCCAUGGGCUCUGGCACUGCAGUGGCCAAGACAGCCUCUGAAAUGGUGUUGGCAGAUGAUAACUUCUCCACUAUUGUGGCUGCGGUGGAGGAAGGCCGGGCCAUCUACAACAACAUGAAACAAUUCAUUCGCUACCUCAUCUCCUCUAACGUGGGUGAGGUUGUCUGUAUCUUCCUUACAGCUGCCCUUGGUCUCCCUGAAGCCUUGAUCCCUGUACAGCUGCUGUGGGUGAACCUGGUGACCGAUGGGCUUCCAGCCACUGCCUUGGGUUUUAACCCCCCUGAUUUGGACAUCAUGAACAAGCCCCCUCGCAGCCCCAAGGAACCCCUGAUUAGCGGUUGGCUCUUCUUCCGCUACAUGGCCAUUGGUAUAUACGUCGGAGCGGCCACUGUUGGGGCUGCUGCCUGGUGGUUCAUAUAUGCUGAGGAUGGACCUGGAGUGUCUUACCAUCAGUUGUCCCAUUUCAUGCAAUGUACAGAUGACCACCCUUCCUUUGACGGCUUGCACUGUGAGAUCUUUGAGUCCUCUGUCCCCAUGACUAUGGCUUUGUCCGUCUUGGUGACCAUUGAGAUGUCCUUUCAGAGAACCAGUCCUUGGUACGGAUGCCUCCCUGGGUGAACAUCUGGCUUCUGGGAUCUAUCUGCCUCUCCAUGUCUCUGCAUUUUGUCAUCCUUUACGUUGAUCCCCUGCCU